CUGGAUUAAAGACACCAACACCCUUUUAGUGAUUACGACCAAGUUGCGUAUGACAAAACUUCCUAAAAGUUCAUUGUACUUGUUGAAGAUUGGGGGCGAGACACAACUACGCCUUAAAGGGCAACCGAAAUCACUGGUUGCGACGAAGGGCAUCUGCGUAACUGACUAUAAGACUUGUCAGCUAGAGAGGUCUAUCUCAAAGACGACAAAGCCAAAGCGGCUAUCGAUCGCGACGUGCAACCUAGCAUAAACAAUAUCACUAGCCGAAUCUGGAGCACUGGACUGACCAGCCGCAGCGUAUCACCAACAGGCGCAUUCGCAAGACACAGCACGACCAGAGCCCAAAUACAACGAAUUGACACUGCUGCCAGUCGCUACCAACACCUUGCCAACACCCUCUGCCCCAGCCUCUUCCAGGACCACUCGAAGAGCAGCACGAAUGUGGUUAAGACUCUGUAUCCAAAGCAAUUGGUACAGUGGUAGAUGGGGUUGGGAGAGUGGUGUUAUACCUUGCGGGGGAUACUCCGUUGCAUUGGUGACUACUCACGUCUCUGAGGGCUCGAGGAAGACUAUUUGCCACACGCCGUGCAGCCGGUUCAAUGCUAAGCAGCACCAAUUUUAGGCUUCACAACAAGAUUGUCUCUUCUGAUGACCUUUCGUAUAGCAAAUCGACGACACCCCUGAUGAGAAUCUAUUGGGGGUGCAUUUGAAGCUUCUGGCCCAUCAUCUUGGCCGGUAGGAUUCAGUGGAGACCAUCGUAAGUCGUCCGAUGUUCAAUGGCGUGCGAGCUUUGGCCGAUUAUCUCCGCACCUUGAUAAGCAUAGAUCAGCGAUCUCGGAAGCAUUAAACAGGUGACCGUCCCCGCCUCUAGGCUCUGACAGCUGCGGUCAGCCUCUUGGUAUUACUGUACCAGGACCAAACAGAAUCUGAACUCCAAGAUAUCAUGUCUGAGCCUAGGUCGGUUGCUAUUGUCGGUGCGGGCAUUUUCGGCCUCUCUCUGGCAGUUGCUCUCAGCAAAUGCCAAUAUCGUGUGACGGUAUUUGACAGAUAUCGCUACGACGAGACUAACUACGAGCCUGAUCUUGACGGCACAACUCAGGCGGCAUCCGUCGACCAUAACAAGAUUUUCCGAGCUUCCUACGGAACCAAGCUUCACUACCAGCGUCUCGCGCUUGAGAGCCGGGCUGCAUGGGAGAGGAUCAAUGAGCAACGCCGUCAAGACGACGGUGAUGCCGAUUCGGAUCUCUUCAACGGGUGCGGCAUGCUCCGGGUUCAACCCACCGCCGAUAUCGAUCCGCUCGAGCGCGAGACGUUGAGCAACUUUGAACGGGACGGUCUGAGAGACAGCCAGUUCGUCAAGAGCGACUCGGCUGACCGCGAGCGUGCUGCCGAGCGCGGCUGGGACGGCAAGCUUCUUGAGUUUGAGAUCCCGCAAGCUUCGCCGCCGCAGACAUACGAAGCCGUCCUUGACUCGCUUGCUGGGUUUACGAAGUGCAGUGAGGCGUGCGCCUACUUUUACCAGCUCGCCUUGCGUCAGGGUGUCACGUUCCACUUUGGUCCCGAACGAGGCGCCUUUGACAGUAUUAUCGAGGACAUCCCGUCCACACUGGGCCGCAAGAGGGCGGUCGGGCUGAAGACGAAGGACGGGGUUUCCCAUAACACCGAUGUCGUUGUCAUUGCUGCUGGGUCCUUCUCGACACAACUUUUACCGGAACUGUCCUACCACCUGGAGUCUUCGGCGGGCAGCGUGGUCACGUUCAAGGUCGACAAGAAGGAUUCGGUCCUGUGGGACAAGUACUCCCCCGAGCGCUUCCCGGUCAUCACUUGGAGGAGUGCCGCACGGAAUCCGAGCGGAAAAGACUCGGGCAGCGUCUACGUCCUCCCAAGGACCGCUGACGGCCUCAUAAAGAUUGGGUUUCGCGGUAUCAAGUUUACCAACUUCCAAUCCGCUCCUUCUGAGACGGGCUUCACGCAAGACGGGAAGUGGUCAAUUCCUCUGCCACCAGCCGAUUGCCGUGCUGUACCCGAACCAGCCAGAGAAGCCAUCAGGAGAUUUGUGUCGAUUUUCUUGCCGGAGUUUGCUGACGCAGACUUCAACUCGACUAAGCUGUGCUGGUACACCGACUCACUGGAUAACUCUUUUGUCAUCGACCAUGUUCCCACAUACGUCGACGGAAGCGUUUUCGUGGCGACAGGAGGCAGUGGCCAUGGUGCCAAGUUUCUCCCCGUUCUUGGCGAGCAUGCGGCCGACAUCUUACAAAACGGAGACCAGAGCACCUCGUUCAUGCGGUCUCAUUGGCGUUGGCGGGAGGGUAUCCGCCGAGGCAACGGUCUCGAGGAGGGGCCCAAUGGGCCGCGGAACAUCGGAAAAUAGGGGUCUUCGCCCUUUCUUUUACCUUGACGCCUUCCAUACCGUUCGUCGGUAAGAAAACGGUUGGAUUAUAGGUUCUAUGGGGCUCAAAUUUAUGCCGUCGCAACACCGCGAUAGCCCGAAACCAGAUUAGUCACAAGGCAGUAAUGACCUCUCUCUUGGCCAUAUCGUCACCUACUCUAGGUGUCAUCUUAUCACGUAGCCUUCUUCGGCUUCCUACAGUAUCGAGAGUAUUGGAUUCGUGG